CUUCUUCAGCCUUUUGGAAUAGCACUUGGGGCUGGCGGCAUGAGUCCAGCGAGGCGCCGGGGCAUCCCCUGCCUUUUCCCCUUGCAGCUCUUCAGCCUCUGUUGGGUGCUCUCAGUGGCCCAGAGCAAGACAGUGCGAUACAGCACCUUCGAGGAGGAUGCCCCUGGCACGGUCAUCGGGACUCUGGCUGAGGACCUGCAUAUGAAAGUGUCGGGGGACACAAGCUUCCGCCUGAUGAAGCAAUUCAACAGCUCGCUGCUCCGGGUGCGCGAGGGCGACGGGCAGCUGACCGUCGGGGACGCGGGCCUGGACCGCGAGCGGCUGUGCGGCCAGGCCCCGCAGUGCGUGCUGGCCUUCGACGUGGUCAGCUUCUCGCAGGAGCAAUUCAGGCUGGUGCAUGUGGAGGUAGAGGUGAGGGACAGAUCCCCGUGGAGGUGUCGGAGGGCCCAGAUCCCCGUGGAGGUGUCGGAGGGCGCGGCGGUGGGCACGCGCAUCCCCCUGGAGUCCGCCGCCCGCCCCCCGCCCGAGGCGCGCCGCCUCUUCCGCCUCGACCCGCGCUCAGGCCGCCUCACCCUGGCGGGACCCGUGGACUACGAGCGCCAGGACACCUACGAACUGGACGUGCGGGCGCAGGACCGUGGCCCCGGGCCCCGCACCGCCACCUGCAAGGUCAUCGUGCGCAUCCGAGACGUCAAUGACAAUGCGCCGGACAUCGCCAUCACCCCGCUGGCUGCCCUAGGCGCACCUGCCGCCUCGCCCUUCGCCGCCGCCGCCGCCGCCGCUGCUCUCGGGGGCACGGACGCGACCUCGUCAACCGGGCCAGGAACUCCAGAGGCCGGUGCCAUUUCGCUGGUGCCAGAGGGGGCGGCGCGAGAGAGCUUGGUGGCGCUGGUCAGCACCUCGGACAGGGACUCGGGAGCCAACGGGCAGGUGCGCUGCGCCCUCUACGGGCACGAGCACUUCCGGCUGCAGCCGGCCUACGCGGGCAGCUACCUGGUGGUGACCGCGGCAUCCUUGGACCGCGAGCGCAUCGCCGAGUACAACCUGACGCUGGUGGCGGAGGACCGCGGCGCUCCCCCGUUACGUACCGUGCGCCCCUACACGGUGCGCGUGGGCGACGAGAAUGACAACGCGCCGCUCUUCACCCGGCCGGUCUACGAGGUGUCGGUGCGUGAGAACAACCCGCCCGGCGCCUACUUGGCCACGGUGGCCGCCCGUGACCCGGACCUGGGCCGCAAUGGCCAGGUCACCUACCGGCUGCUGGAGGCCGAGGUAGGCCACGCCGGGGGGGCCGUGUCCACCUACGUAUCGGUAGACCCAGCGACCGGGGCCAUUUACGCGCUGCGCAGUUUCGACUACGAGACGCUGCGCCAGCUAGACGUGCGCGUCCAGGCGAGCGACGGUGGCUCCCCUCAGCUCUCCAGCAGCGCCCUUGUGCAAGUGCGGGUGCUGGACCAGAACGACCACGCGCCGGUCCUGGUGCACCCGGCGCCGGCCAACGGCUCCCUGGAAGUGGCGGUCCCCGGGCGCACCCCAAGGGACACAGCCGUGGCGCGCGUGCAGGCCCGGGACGUGGACGAAGGCGCCAACGGGGAGCUGGCAUUCGACCUCCUGCAGCAGGAGCCUCGAGAAGCCUUCGCCAUCGGCCGCCGCACGGGGGAGAUCGUGCUCACCGGCGACCUCUCGCAGGAGCCCCCGGGCCGCGUGUUCCGGGCUCUGCUGGUCAUAUCGGACGGCGGCCGCCCCCCGCUCUCCACCACCGCCACCGUCAGCUUCGUGGUGACAGCAGGCGGCGGGCGCGGGCCGGGGGCUCCCGCCAGUGCUGGGAGCGCCUCCCCGGGCUUCGGAAAGGAGCCGGCGCCCCCUGUGGCGGUCUGGAAAGGACACUCCUUCAACACCAUCUCCGGCCGAGAAGCAGAGAAAUUCAGUGGCAAAGAUAGCGGCAAAGGGGACAGUGAUUUCAACGACAGCGAUUCCGACAUUAGCGGGGACGCUCUGAAAAAGGACCUCAUCAACCAUAUGCAGAGUGGGCUGUGGGCGUGCACUGCUGAGUGUAAGAUCCUGGGCCACUCUGACCGCUGCUGGAGUCCUUCAUGUGGAGGGCCCAACACCCAUCCCUCGCCUCACCCGGCAGCCCAGAUGUCAACCUUCUGCAAGAGCACGUCGCUGCCUCGGGAUCCUCUGCGCAGGGACAAUUACUACCAGGCCCAGCUGCCCAAGACAGUGGGGCUGCAGAGCGUCUAUGAGAAAGUGCUGCACAGGGACUACGACAGGACAGUCACUCUGCUCUCCCCUCCUCGUCCAGGGAGGCUCCCAGACUUGCAGGAGAUUGGGGUACCCCUCUACCAGUCCUCCCCUGGCAGGUACCUGUCCCCAAAGAAGGAAGCCAAUGAAAACGUGUAA